GUCACCGUAACUGGUUUGGCUUUUUGACUUCCGUACCCCGUUUGUGCAUGAAAUCGGCUUUUACUCGCAGUUCUCCAUUCUCCCCCCUCUCUCAAAUGUCCUAACCCUAACCCUAACUAAUUUGUUUUUCACAUCAAAUUAUACACCGUGUCUUUAUUCUAAUGGUUCUUUGCAUCGAAGUUUAAUGUUUGGCCUGUAUCGAUCUGGCGCUGCGAAGUUCGAGUUCUCAAUCGACAAUGGAGGUGUUGAAGGACGAUUUUCAGGACAUAGAGAUUGGGAGCUCAGUGGAGUCGUUGGAAAGGUUAUUGGAGUCUCAAAGAGAGCUUUUCCACAGUCAGAUCGAUCAGCUUCAAAACAUUGUCGUCACACAAUGCAAACUCACCGGCGUUAAUCCUCUCGCGCAAGAGAUGGCAGCUGGAGCUUUGUCAAUUAAAAUUGGUAAGAGACCAAGAGAUUUGCUGAACCUCAAGGCAGUGAAAUAUAUGCAAGCGGUUUUCUCUAUCAAAGAUGCAAUUAGUAAGAAGGAAUCUCGUGAGAUUAGUGCUCUGUUUGGUGUUACAGUCACACAGGUUCGAGACUUUUUUACUAGCCAACGAGCAAGAGUAAGGAAACAGGUCAGGUUGUCAAGGGAGAAGUCUAUUAGAUCUAAUGCACAUAAAGAACAACAUGAUGUAGCACUGACAAGCUAUGAUUCUAAUAUACCUAUUGAACCAGUACCCUUGAACUCUGUCCCAACAGAGUCAGAUCCUAUCAGGCCUAUUGAGCCGGUUCCACUAAACUCUAUUGGUCCUCCCACUGCUGAUGAACUACCGUCCUGCUCAACACAGAAUGACAUUCCAUCUACCAUAGAUGAGUUGGAGAAACAUUUUAUUGACAAUAUUUUUAGUAUGAUGCAUAAAGAAGAAACAUUUUCAGGGCAAGUUAAACUGAUGGAGUGGAUCUUGCAGAUGCAAAAUUCUGCAGUUCUAAAUUGGUUUUUAGCGAAAGGUAGUGUGAUGAUUUUAGCAGCAUGGUUGAGUCAAGCUGCUAUUGAAGAACAGACAAGUGUUCUACUAGUCAUCCUCGAGGUUUUAUGUCAUUUGCCUCUUCAUAAGGCCCUACCUGAGCAUAUGUCAGCCAUACUGCAAAGUGUUAAUCGAUUACGUUUCUACAGGACAUCAGACAUAUCAAACAGGGCGAGGAUUUUGUUAGCAAGAUGGAGCAAAUUAUUUGCUAGAAGUCAGGCUAUGAAGAAAACAAAUGGCGUGAAGUCUACUACUGAUGUACAUAGUCAGAUGUUGCUGAAGCAGAGCAUUGUAGAAAUUAUGGGUGAUGAAUCGUGGAGCUCAAGCAUUGGAAUUCCAGAAGAAAUUAUUGCUCCUAAACAUGAAAGUUCAGAGAAUCUCAGGAAGUUGGAAUCUUCACAAGCACCAAAACUGCUGCUUGGAUCUUCGGAUGAUUCUGCAAGGAAGCACAUCCUAGGUGCAUCUUCAUCUUAUACUAGAGAACGCAGGAAAGUUCAACUGGUGGAACAACCUGGUUCAAAAACUGCUGGUCGGAGCACACAGUCCGGUAGGGCAGUAUCUCUUAAUCAAGGCCGUCCUAUGUCUGCUGAUGAUAUUCAAAAAGCAAAACUGCGUGCUCAAUAUAUGCAGAGCAAGUAUGGGAAAAUGGGUUCCUCAUCCAAUGGAAGUGGUGAAGCAAAGACUGAAUGCAUAAAGAAACUUUCAGCAAUUCAGUCCAGCAAUUUGUCACCUAUCUCUAAAUUCCAUGUUUGGGCUAAAACUGACGAACACAAGAAACCUGUGACAGUUGCCACAAAAGUUUCUAAUGACUUGGAAGUUUCUCUUGAUAGUAAGCAUAAGAUGAAUCCAGAGGAGCCCCUUCAGGAGGAUUGCAAGAGGGUCCAGAUACCGUGGCGGGUGCCACCAGAAAUAAGUUUCCAGGAUGUCUGGAGAGUUGGUGCUGGUGAAAGCAGCAAAGAGAUUGAUGUUGAAAGAAAUAGAAACCGCCGGGAGAAGGAAACUAUCUACCCAGCUAUCCAAAACAUACCACCAAAUCCAAAGGAGCCAUGGGACCUUGAAAUGGACUAUGACGACUCCUUGACCCUGGAAAUUCCCACUGAGCAGCCACCUGAUACUGACACUAGUGAAGCACAUACGACAGGGCAACAGGUUUCCAGCUUUCAAGAUGUAAAUGUUGCAGUUACCUUGGGGCCUACCUCGUCAGACAACAUUGGUGGUGGAAACACAGCAGAGCCAGAUCUUGAGUUGCUAGGUGUACUGCUGAAGAAUCCAGAGUUGGUUAUUGCACUGACAUCUGGGCAAGCUGGUAACUUCUCGAGCCAAGAGACAGUGAAGUUGCUUGAUAUGAUUAAGGCUGGUGGAUCUGGUUUAGCAAGUAAUUUAAAUGGGUUUAACACAAAAGUGGAAGAGAAGAUUGAAGUUUCUCUUCCAUCCCCAACUCCCUCGAGCAAUUCAGGAAUGAGUGGAUGGAGACCAGAAGCUGUCAGGAAUCCAUUUUCCCAGCAAACUCCAAUGGGAAGCAUAGUUACUUCAGUAGACAAGCCUCCCGCUGCGAGCUUGGCAAGGCCUCAAAUUCCAGCCAGCAAUAUCACAAUACAUCAGCAGCAAUCAAGCAGUGUUCCGUUACACUCCCAACAUGUCCAGGCAGCAAUCCCACCAUUCUCCUUGCCUCACAAAAGUAUUGUUGCACCCGAAAAACAUCAAACACCAAUAGUCCACUCCUUACAUCGGUCUCUGCACGCCAAUUCUCCUGCUUCUCCAAUUAUGUCAACACAAUCUGCAGACGUGGCUUUAGCCACAAAGACAAACUUAUUGAGUGUGGCAGGGCGGCCUUCAUUGCGAAUGGAAACUAUUACUAAUAAUGCUAAACCAUCAACUUUAUUGAUGACCCAAGAGAGGCAACCUGUUUCACUUCAAUUUCCCACGUCAACAUGGCGGCAGGCACCAUUGCAGCCCGAUUCUCCAGUUCAUGCACCUUCAUACUCAUCUAGACAACCGAUGGGAAAUGCGGGUGCAGUGCCAGAUUCUUGGAGAGGCAGGCUUGGUUUGGGUUCCAAUCCAUAUUCACCUUCUAACCAAAAUGGAUACAAUGCAUCAUCACAUGGUCAGCCGCUAUCAGCUCCUCAAUGGGAGGGAACUGAACAAGCGGGCAGUGAUGGAUUUGAAUCAUGGAGUCCAGAGAAUAGUCCAAGAAGUAAGUCACCGAAAUAUAUGCGGGGUAGGAACUUGGGGGAAUCCAGAAUGAAUUCGGGUUGGGAUAGAUUGGACAGAUCAAGACAACAAAACUCUCCCAGGAAUUGGGACCGAAGAUGGCGGGAUAGGAGCCGAUAACCCUACAGUCACGACGUGGGUUCUGGCCUUUGGUCUGAUGUAGAAUAUAAAUUGUUCAAUAACAAUUUUUACUGGCUUGAGGGCAACGAAGUAUACACUGAAAA